AGUUGCUUAACAGAAGUGGGAAGUACAGUAUUUUCCUCAAAACAUGAUUUGAACGUCAUGAAAGAUGAAUUAUAACUCCUUUUAUGGGGCAAAAAUAGUACGAAAUAAGUUAGAACAGAGUAGUGGCUUUGUUUAAUGAAAAAUAAAAGCUGUGAAUGUUUUGUGUUUUUUUUUUUGCUGUACAAACACAAUCACAUUUCCAGAAGGCUCAGUGUUUGGGACACCAGGACAAAAAUAUAUCGAUGGUUUUAUCAGCUGACACACAGCCAACAAACAAAUGGCAAGAAAAAGUAAGAAGAAAGAAGAAAAUUCAGCAGCGUUUACAUUAUGCGUGGAGCCCGACAGUGGCAAUCAGCAAGCUCAGGUUCCCAAUGUCAAUAUCGUGUCGCGGUCUAAAUGGCAAGACCUGAUAAGGAAAGUGACCCUACUAGUACCUUACAUGUGGCCCAGGUCGAGUAUACCUCUACAGCUUCUUGUGUUCCUGUGUGUCUGCCUCCUAGGCCUGGAGCGACUCCUCAACGUAUUAGUGCCCGUCUACAGCAAGAACAUAGUAAAUCAGUUAUCAGACAAGGAGAAUUGGAGAAGCCUAGCAACCACUGUGUGUAUCUACGUCCUUCUCAAGUUCCUCCAGGGUGGGGGAGCAGGGACAUCAGGCUUUGUCAGUAACAUGCGUUCUUUCCUGUGGACACGCGUUCAGCAGCACACCAGUCGCACGGUGCAGCUGGAGUUGUUUGCCCACCUGCAUGCCCUGUCUCUGCGCUGGCACCUGGGCAGAAAAACGGGUGACGUCCUGCGCAGCAUCGACCGUGGCACAGCCUCCGUUGGCCACUUAUUAGAUUAUAUUAUGUUCACCAUGCUGCCAACUCUAGCUGAUGUUAUCAUUGCCAUCAUUUACUUUGUCUCUUAUUUUAACGCCUGGUUCGGCCUCAUCGUAUUUAUCUGCAUGUUCAUCUACCUCACACUGACUAUAAUCAUCACAGAGUGGAGAACCAAAUACAGACGUGAAAUGAACAUGCAAGACAACAACGCCAAAUCCAAGGCAGUGGACUCACUUCUCAACUUUGAAACUGUAAAAUACUACAAUUCAGAGAAUUAUGAAGUCAGGCGCUUUGAGGACGCUAUCUUAAAAUAUCAGGCCUCGGAAUGGAAGACUAAUGCCUCUCUGGCCCUGCUAAACCAAACCCAAAACUUGAUCAUAGGCUCUGGCCUGCUUGCUGGAUCUCUGCUUUGUGCAUACUUUGUCACAGUAGACCAGUUCCAGGUUGGGGACUAUGUUCUGUUUGGGACCUACAUUGUCCAGCUUUACAUACCUCUCAACUGGUUUGGCACAUACUACAGGAUGAUCCAGACUGCUUUUGUCGAUAUGGAGAACAUGCUUGAGCUCUUAACAGAAGAGAAAGAGGUGAAAGAUGAUAUGAAUGCAGUAGACCUGCUUUGUACUGAAGGGAGAGUUGAAUUCCAAAAUGUCUGUUUCAGGUACAUUGCAGGGAAAGCCAUUCUCCAAAAUGUAUCCUUCACAGUGAUGCCUGGUCAAACAGUAGCACUGGUCGGACAGUCGGGGUCAGGCAAAAGUACCAUCAUCCGGCUGCUGUUCCGUUUUUAUGACGUGCAAGAAGGCUGCAUCCUUGUUGAUGGUCAGGACAUCUCAAAGGUGAAACAGAGCUCUCUCCGUUCUUACAUUGGGGUCGUCCCUCAGGAUACCGUUCUCUUUAAUGACAACAUCCAGGAGAACAUCCGUUAUGGACGGAUCAGUGCCACUGACCGGGAAGUGGAAGAGGCCGCGAUGGCUGCCGACAUCCACCAUAAAAUCCUUUCCCUUCCAGAUGGAUAUGACACUCAGGUCGGGGAGAGGGGCCUCAAGCUAAGUGGAGGUGAGAAGCAGAGAGUGGCCAUCGCUCGCACCAUCCUCAAAGCCCCCCGAAUCAUCCUGCUGGACGAGGCUACUUCUGCUUUGGACACACAAACAGAACGCAACAUCCAGGCCUCGCUUGCCAGAGUGUGUGCCAGCAAGACGACUAUUGUGGUGGCACACAGGUUAUCCACUAUAAUUGCUUCAGACCUGAUUCUGGUUCUGCAUGAUGGCCAGAUUGUGGAGCGUGGAAGGCACGAGGAGCUGCUGGCCCUGCAGGGACUGUACUCAGCCAUGUGGCAAAAACAGCAACAGCAACAAGAUCUAGAACCAAGUGCUUCCUCAGAUACAGAAACAAAAGAGCAGCAAGAUGGAGAAUGAUUGAUUGAAGUCCAGGUGCACAAGCAACAGGGAUGACUGCAGCCUUGAGAGGAUUGUCAAGAAAAGUUGAUUCAAGAACUUGGGAGAGCUUCACAAAGAGUGGACUGAGGCUGGUGUCAGUGCAUCAAGAGCCACCAUGCACAGACGUCUUCAGGAAAAGGGUUAAAACUGCCGCAUUGCUAAUAUCAAGCCACUCAUGAACCAGCAACAACGUCAGAAAUGUCUUACCUGGGCGAAGGAGAGAAAGAACUGGACUGAAAAAGUUAAUGCUGGCUAAAACAGAAAGGUGUCAGCAUUAACCUUUUCAGCAGUUUGUGUUACAGUAGCUGUUCUGUGGGAUUGAACCAUAUGGGCUAGCCCUUGUGCCCCAUGCAAAUCAGUGAGCCUUCGACACCCAUGACCUUGUUGCCGGUUCACUGGUUGUCCUUCUUUGGACCACUUUUGGUAGAUGCUAACCACUGCAUACCCAGAACACCUCUGAAAACACCUCUGCUCGGACCCAGUCACCUCGCCAUCACAAUUUGACCCUUGUCAGAGUCGCUCAGAUCCUUAUGCUUGCCCAUUUUUCCUGCUUCCAGCACAUCAACUUUGAGAACUGACUGUUCUUCUGCUGCCUAAUAUAUCCCACCCCUUUGACAGGUGCCAUUGUAACAGCAUAAUCAGUGUAAUUCACUUCACCUCUCAGGGUUUUUAAUUUUACGGCUGAUCGGUGUAUAUGUAUAAUUAAUGCUACCUCCUUGUUAUCCUUCCAUGCACAAUGUUUUUGUUCAGCGUUUGCUUGAUGGCGGACUCAUGAACAGUGACAUUACUCAAUGUAAGAGUGGCCUGUAGGUCCUUCAAUGAUCAUCUUGGGUUCUUUAUGACUUUCUGUAAUAUUAUUGGUCAUGACCUUGGAGUGCUUUUUCCUGGAUGGCCACUCCUUUGGACUGUAACAGUGGUGCUGAAUUUCCUCCAUUUGGAUACCAUCUGCUUCGCAGUGGAUUGGUGGAGUCCACACUCUUUAGAAAUGGUUUUCUAACCUUUUUGUGCCUGGUGAACACUUUGUUAUCCUCAGGAAUCUCCUUUGAUUGAAGGCCGAUUUAUACUUCUGUGUAGAAUCUACACCAUGGGUACGGCUUCGGUGUUUGCGCACGGUGAAGCAUUUAUACUUGCACGUAAGGUACACGUCUCCUCUGGGAGGUGCUAUCACAUGAAACACCAGAAUUUAGUGCUUUUACACAUGGAAGGAGGAGUGGAAUACAAGCUCUGGUUCACUGUCGGAAUAAUAAACAGAGAAUAACACAGACAAAAUGUUGUUUUGAACCAAAUUUGAGGGGUGGAGAGAGAGGAACCUCAUGAAUUCUCAAACCAAGUAAAUUCUCACUGAAAGCCUUUCUGAACAUGUUUUUAACUCGUCCGUAUUCAGCAGUAUGAGUAUCUCAAAGCGAAAGUCCCACUGUGUUCUCAGGAACGAGGCACAAAAACAACACCAUUGUGUUUAAAUCCGCAGGAUUCAACUGGUCUUUAUAAUGUUCUACAGCCGCUAUCGUGCCUCACACUUGAAUAAUUAUAUUAACACAAUAUUGUGGUGGUGGAUUUCCGAUACUCACAGAGAAGAAAGAGCAGCUGGAAAUGCAUAGGAGGAAAUGUGAUGCUACCAAACAGUUGUUGCGGUCUCCAUCGCCACAGUGUGUAGUUACAUUCAUGGAGAGGUGCAUAUCAGGCUGCGCUGUAGGGUACGGCAUCGGGUGCACAGCUACGCCGUUCUCUCUGGCGUAGAUUAGACACAGAAGUAUAAAUCGGCCUUGAGGCAUGGCACAUUUCCAUAAAUCUGUGUGGCGAAUACCAGACUUUGAUAGUGAAGACCAAUGUUUAUGCUCUGGAAAAAUGGGAGGGCCUGCUAAACUCGUGCCUGAUUGCCAUCUGCUUGAUUGAAAAGUCUGACUUCAAUUACCCGCUUAAAUGGACUCGUACUCUUAGACGUUCACAUCCUUUUUCCAAGAAAGACUUAAUAUUGGAUAAUUUUGUUCAGUAAGUAAACAUAAAACCUGUAAUUUUUUUUUUUUUUGCAUAAUUUCUUUAAUUGGGUUCUCUUUAUCAAGUUUUAGGACUUGAAGAGCUGACCAUAUUUCAGGUCAAAUUUGUGCAGAAAUUCAGGUUUACAAACUUUCUAGUGGCACUGUACUUUACAGAGAUGAACGGGAGAAAAGGGACACAGUUAGUAAACGAUAGAUUUUAUAAGAAAAUCUGUGUUUUUAUAGACUGGUUUACUCAUGUUUUACUGCUGCUGAUGUAAUAAAACUCAAUGUAUUGUUUUAACGAUACUCCACUGAAAUAAAUACAGGUUAUGUAAAAAAGUUAAUUUAUUUUGAGUAUUUACAUAAGGUCACACAAGCUACAGUUGAACAACUGGAUGUGAGGAUAUUUAUUAUCCUCUGAAGUGACAUUAAAAUUCAU